AUGAUAUCAAAACAGAGGUUGAGAGUUCUCCUCUUGGUUGUGGUAGUUCUACUUGGGUUACAUUUUCUCACAACCAACACGUUCAGUAACCAAGAUAUACAGCGAAUAAUUGAUGAAUCAUUGAACAAGAAGCCAGAAAAUACUAUUUCUGGGGAGAAGAAUUCUCUUGUAUCAAAUUCGACUCCCAAAUCCAAACAGCAACCUAAUGCCCCCAAUGGCAAAGCAAAACCAAAACCAAAAACUAAGAGUCCAAAGAUCGAUGAUUAUACCAUUUUCUUCAAUGACCUUGAGCAGUUCAAGAUAAAUCAAGGCUCAAUCAAGGACAAGUACAAACAAGAAGGACAGAAAGCUAAGGAGCUUUUCUCGACUGAUGAUUCCUUUUUAUUCAAUAAAGAGUACCUUGAAAACGUGUUGGACAUUUCUGAGAAAACCUUUGAAGAGAUGAAAGCUAGCCACACUAGAUACGUGAAUGAACGUAUCCCGCAGCUAUUGAAUGAAGGUGUGGAAACCUUUGGUAAAAUGGUAUCAAGUGAUCCUGACUGGGACAUAUACAAAGGAUCAUCUGGGUACGUAUUGGUUGGAGGCGGAAGGUUCAGCUGGCUAUCAUACCUCGUUAUAAAACAAAUUCGUGCUACUGGCGCUCGCUUGCCUAUUGAAUUAUUCCUUGCAACAGAAGAUGAUUAUGAAAAGAACUUUUGUGAGCACAUCUUGAGAACAUACAACGCCAGGUGUAAUGUGUUUGACAAGAAAUUGGCACAGGAUUUGCUGGACAGGUUCAGUAUUGGGGGUUAUCAAUACAAAAUGUUGGCAUUAUUAAGUUCAAGAUUUGAAAAUGUCUUGUACUUGGAUUCUGAUAAUUUCCCUACAAAGAACGUCGACUACAUUUUUGAUUCUGAGUUGUACAAAAAGAACAACUUGAUAUUGUGGCCAGAUGCUUGGGCUAGAACCACCAACCCCAUGUUCUACGACAUAGCCGGAGUCGAUGUGAAGGAGAAUAAACUCAGGUAUAGCACUUAUGAUAUUAAACAAGCAGGAGGCAAGGAGAACCUUCGCCCGUUAUCGGAGUACACUUUUGAAAACUCAAGGUUUCACGACUUUGAAGGAACUUUGCCUGACCCAACGUCAGAAACAGGAAUGUUUGUUGUCAAUAAAACCAGCCAUUUAAAAACGUUGCUUCUUUGCUUGUACUAUAACGUGUUUGGUCCCCACUAUUAUUAUCCUAUAUUGACACAAGGAUCAGCAGGUGAAGGCGAUAAAGAGACAUUCAUUGCUGCUGCUCAUGUGUUGAAUGAACCGUGGCAUCAGACAUUAAAGCAGUUCCAGUGGACAGGGUACAACUCAAAAGCAUCAAACUCGUUCACGUCAAAGGCAUUGGCCCAUUUUGAUCCAGUGCAAGCGUCCACCGAUGUUAAGGACGUGGAUGUCAUCUUUAUGCACUUGUCGUAUCCAAAAUUUUACCCUAAUUGGUUGGUCGACAAUAAUGAUCUCGUCUACAAGGACUCGGGUGAGCAUAUACGAAUGUAUGCCGGAGUGAAAGAAAAUCUAGGCUACGACUUUGAUCUACGGGUUUUGCAAUUCUUUACUGAAAGUAUUUGUCCCAACUACUAUAGACCUGACGGGAAGGCAAUUGACGAUGAUGUUUCAGUAUCCAAAGACACCACUUACAUGGGAGAGUAUCUUCAAUACAUCAAGGAUGAAGAGCAAAAUAAUAUCAAGCGUUGUGAAGAAGUGUUUAUUCCACAUUUGAAGUGGCUCAAGGAGACCAAAGAUCAGAAGGAGUAA